AUGCCGAAGAAAUCGCCCGAUCUAACCAUCGAGUUAGCAGCACCACCAUUUUGGACAUGCGCCUCAGGGGACAAAGUCAUUGGAAACAUCGUGCAUCGAAGCUCGAUCGUUGCUCCGGAUGCUACCCUCACACUAUCAUUGAAUGGACACGUAAAAAUCGGUGUUGGUGACAAAAGGGAAAACCAUCGAAGCAAGCACCAAGAGAAACGCCUACUACUAGCACCAACCAGACGAAUCAUCUUCAGGGGACCUUUGCACCUUGCCAAAGAAGACAUAGACUACCAAAAUGAAUGCCUAAGCUGGCCCUUCGAGGUCAGAUUCCCUACCAAGCCCUGGACCUCACCACUGGCAACAUUCAGAGGACCCAGGUACAAGACUCUCCCCGGCUCGUUCUCCACCGGAGAAAACACCGGCAACGAUGAGAGCUUUGGCUUAGUGGAAUAUUAUCUCGAGGCAAGACUUGAAUACAACCGCGGUGGCACGUUUGUCCAAUUCAUAGCUACCGCGGAGACAAAAUUGAGACAUCCUGCACCGGAACUGCCGAUUCUUGGCUAUGCACUCAAGCAAGAAACGGCAAAGCAGAUCAUAAGAAGCCAUGGCCUAUUCCCAGACAGGGGAUUAUCGGCGCUGACACUCCGCCAGCGGACACAACAGGCCCGCGGCUCAAGCAAGGUGCCACAAUUUGGCUUCCUGAUCCAGCUCGAAGUGCCGACUGUCGUCCAGCUCGAUGAUCCAUCCCCUUUCCCACUCAAUAUCAGCGUUGCCCCGGACUGGAAAUUGACCAGUGAGGAUAUCAAAAGCGUGCCGCAGAUUGUCCAGCUGAACUAUGUCAAGAUGACUCUUUUGUGCAAUUCUCAAAUCAAGACGGGGAGAACCAAGUAUCGCGGUGUCAAUAAUAAAUGCUAUAAUUCACGGCUCGAGCAUGUCUUUGGGAGUCUGGAGCAUCCGGUGUUUAUGAUGGCCGAGGAAGGUAGCGAGUGUCUUGAUAUUGGGCAGAUGUUUCAGCUUGCUUUACGUUGGGAUGGAUUCGUGGCUGCGGGCAAGUUGCUUUCGGGAAUGAGAAUUGAGCCGGAUUUUGUGACUUAUAAUCUUUCUUUUGCUCAUUCUGUGGAGUAUGAGGUGUCGAUGACUGUUGCGGAGGAGGUUCGGAUUGUCAAAUUCUUUGAUGUGAAGUUAAAGAUCGUGGGUUGUAUGAAUCCACCUGCGAUUGACAGGCGUGGGCUAUGA